GUAGUUCCUUCACGUUCGUACGAAUUUCUUGAAUGUACCUGAUACUAGAAUAUCUUAAUAUUACCUGGACAUAAGUUCCUUAAUGAAUUCUGGGUAUAAAUAGGUAUCAACCUAACGCAGGCGCUUUUGUCGGGUUCAGAUCCAUUCUAUCUACGCUUUUGUCAGUCGGUUCGGUAUUAAAUCGUAGAAUGUGAAGUUGAAGUGAUAUUUUAUUUCAAAUUUCUGUAUAAUUUAUGAACAUGUCGCCUUUGAAAUCAAAAUAUUUUGUGCCAAUAACGAAUCCUCAAUGAAACUACUAACUAUCUCGAGAUAAUACCGUGAAUUUUAAGAGGAAAUGUACAUUCAGUGUUAUUCCUAUCGCUGGAGUGUUCGCCAUAUUAGAUUCGGAAACUCAGAGUAUAUUCGAAAUUGUUGAUCAUCUGAUAAUAAAGGACACGUUCUCUUCGUAUUUUUGUGACAUUUUUGUGAAAAUAGUUAUUGAGUCAUCUCUGAAAAUGGAAAGAUCGCGAGAUUACUCUCCUCGUGGAAGAAGUAUGAGCAUCUCCCCUGAACCUUUGAGAAGGGACUCGCCGGAGUACAGGCAUAAAAGCAGAUCGGGAUCCAAGUCACCGAACUAUAAUAGAAGGCAUAAUGGUUAUAGGUCACCCAAUUAUCACAAAAAGUCAUAUGCUCAUCCAGACUAUUCAGAUAGACGAGAAAGCGACUACGACAGUGAUUGGGAAUACAAUAGAGAGAGGGACCUUUGGGAUAGUCAAAAAGACAGACGAAGUAGAUCUCGCAGUACCGAUUUCAGAGAAAGGGAUCGAGACAGGAGCAACAGGUACCAUCGGCAUCGCGACAGAGAUCGCGAACAUCGCUCAAGACGGAGAUCACGAAGCAGUGGAUCUCGAUGGGAAAGAAAAUCUGAAGAUCGAAAGGGCCGCGACAGAGAUAGAUAUCGCGACGAUGAUAGAGACAGUGAUAGUGGGAGAAGCCAGAACGGAGGCCUUAUUGGAGCUAGCGGAUCAGAAAUAAUUGGAUACAAAAGUCAGCCACCAAACAACACCAUAAUGAUCAGGGGACUUGCACAACAUAUAUCAGAAUAUGAUAUUCGACAGGACAUAAUUUCAUGCGAGCUGAUGCCAAAAGAUAUCCGUUUGAUCCGGAAAAAAGAUACAGGUGCUUCCCGUGGUUUCGCCUUUGUCGAGUUUGCCACACUGGGUGAGGCCGUACGAUGGAUGGAGCUUAAACAGGGUGUUUUGAUGCUUCAAGACCAAUAUCGUGCGAUUAUGCAAUAUAGUAUACCAAAGGAUAUGGGAGCUUCUGAAAAACCACCUACCUAUAAAGCGUCAGCGGACUGGUUUUGUAUAAAGUGUGGCGCUCAGAAUUUCAAAAGAAGAGAUAAUUGCUUCAAAUGCCAUGCGUCUAGAAUGGAAAGUGAAGAAGGCGGAAGUGGCAGCGAUGAAAUUUGCAGUUACACCACUAAAACAAUAAUGAUGCGAAACCUAGACGCUUUAACAACAGAAGAUUCAGUCAUGGCUGUUUUAAGCACCGCAAUUCCGAAUUUGGUAAAAUCCAUAUCGGCUGUUUGCAUCGGCAGAGAUCCACUAACUUCCACCUCACGAGGUCUAUGUUAUCUUGGCACUGAUAGUACUAUUGAUGCCCUUGCGAUAUAUGGUGCACUCACUGCUUCGAAAACACCUCUAACAAUUGAUGGCAAAACUGUGAUAUUAUCCUACUGCAAAUAUAAUAUGGGUGACACCAAAAAAGCCUAUUCUCAAGCAGAUCACGAAGCAUUUCCUAAUGCAGCUAUACCCAGUACUUACGCAAUGACUGAUGUGGAUAGCCUGGCGGAAUAUGCCGCUAGACGUUAUGCUAAAACUCCGCAGGAGUAUAUGCAGUACAUUGAGUAUUACAGAAAUUAUUUUUCCCAACAAAUCAGUUCUGGGAAUUCGAUCACUCUGCAGGAAAAUCAAAUGGAUGCAGCUAAUGCUGCAGCUGCUCUUGCGCAAUCCGCCAUUCAACAACUGAAUGCUAAUAAGACGUAUUAUGAUCCUGGGGCUGUGACUCUUCCUACAGGAACAGAUGGAAAGAAGUAUCCUGUACCAGAUAUUUCCAAGUACACAUAUGACAAAGCUACUGGAUAUCAGUACUGUUCACAGACCGGACUGUAUUACGAUAGAAAUUCUACUUAUUACUGGAACCAUCAAAUACAAAAGUGGUUAUACUGGGAUCACGAGAAUCAAACUUAUCUCCUAGCUCCUACCUACGAUGCUACUGCUAGUCAAGUCCAGGCAGCUGAUGCUACUGGAGGUUCGGGGCCAGACAAAAAACCAAAAGUUGAGAAACAAGAUAAGGUGAAAGUUGCCAAGAAAAUAGCCAAAGACAUGGAACGGUGGGCGAAAACUUUGAACCAAAAGAAAGACAACACCAGCACAAGAGCUACAGCCGAUUAUAUUUCUGCUUCUAGCAGUGCUUCAGCAGAUAUUGGAUUCUCCGUCUUAGAGAAGAAGAGUGUAGCAUUGGUUUCUACUCCGGCACCUUUUUUCAAACAGCAAGAACUUUUAGAGGAGGUUCCCGAACCGUCGGCGACUUCUUCAUCUGCUCCUUUGGUAGCUGCGUAUGGUGGAGAGAGCGAAUCCUCAGGGGAAGAGGAAGACGAUCUUCUGGACUUCACCAAAUUGAUUUGCAACUUGUGUAAGCGUCAGUUAGGCUCAGUUGAGGCUUUGACAAAGCAUGCUAAGCUCUCGGCUUUACACAAACAAAAUCUAGAAGCAAGACGGAAGAAGAAAUCUGAAAGAGCAAGCGAUAAAAUUGUUUAUCGAGACAGAGCCAAGGAGCGUCGGAUGAAAUAUGGUGAUCCGGACGAACCUAAACCUAGUAAACUGAAAGAGAAGUAUUUGAAAGCUAGAGAAAUGGAAAUUCCAUCUUCUUCAGCUUCGGUCACAGAACCGAUAGGGUCGGAGAAUGUUGGAAAUCGCCUUCUACAGAAAAUGGGAUGGACCGAGGGGCAGGGGCUUGGGAAAUUGAAUCAAGGCAGAACAACAAUUAUUCAGCCCCCCCCCCCCUGUCGAUGGCAAGAAUUACCUCAAAAUAUUUUAAUGUCAUUGGGGAGUGUUUUGUGAAAAACUAUAUAUGAAAAUUUUAAUUUGUUCAGGUACUCAUUUACAUCUCAGUUGAUUGAAUGUUCACUUGAAAAUAUUUUGUUCAACAUGUUCUUGCACAUUAUCUACAAAUAAAUUGUUUAAUGAAUAGUCGCAAAAUAAAUUAAAAAAUAGUUGCGCAUACAAUAAUUGAGGACCACCUAAUUUGGUGAGCAUGGAAGUUACUCAAUGCAGUCUUUCCUCUCAAUUCGGGGCCGUAGAAAAUAUUUGAAUACUGAUGAAUAAUGAAGGCACAAUGCUUAGCGUCGAAUGACUUUCAUUAUACUGUCGAUUUGACCGAUUUUUUUCACUGGAAGUAGCCUCCACGGUUAUCAGAUUUGUCGUCUCUUGAUUUUCUUUUGUGCGGAUACUUGGAAAGUAAAAUCUGCAGCAGUCAUCAGUUUGAACAUCAAAUGCAGUUGUAUGAAACAAAUUCAAAUUUCCAAAUGUAGUUUUUUACAAAACCAAUGUAGAACAGUAAAGUUCAAAGACUAUUGGAAAGAUGACUCCAAAAGCUUUAAACGAUGUUUUACUUGACCACUAGUGACAUUAAGACAUUUUGGGACUAGUUUUACCCUUAACUUUAAUGAAUAGACAUCUGAAUCGUUUUUAUAUAACUCAUGUACAUGUUAUAAAUAUUUUUUUUAUAGAAAAUGAUGUUGAACAGUUUUUCGUUUAGGCAACCUAAACAAAUGUUACUUUAAUUUAGAAUACAU